AUGAUUCAAACCAAGUGCUCUGUGAAGGACACAUUCGACGUGAUUAAGAAGCUUAAGGAGGAGGUUAAAUGGUUCACAAGCCAUCCUCAGUUUCGUCAUUUCUUCCACAUGCCUUCUGAAAAAUACUUGAAGCUCCAAGCAAUGUGGAUGUUACUGAUGCGCACCAUUCGUACUGAAGAAGAAGAAGAUGUUGCAUGGUUUACUGUGAAUGGUGUGCCCAUCCGCUAUUCUAUGAGGGAGCAUGCCCUCAUCUCUGGUUUAGACUGCCAUGAGUAUCUGAGGAAGUAUUUGAAGCUCGAGGGUACAAAGUUUGUGGAUUAUUACUUUGGUGGACUAAAGAAGAUCACCAUAACAGAUGUGGAGCAAAAGUUGUUGUCUAUGAAGACGGCAUGUAAAGCAUUGUUCUUCCUUGGUCGGGUUAUCAGAGGACAGGCAAAGGAUUCCGGACCAGUAGACCCGUUCAUCUUAAGGAUCGUGGAAGAUUUGGAUGUUUGCAGAACAUUUCCAUGGGGUCGUUUGACAUUUGAAGAUGCAAUAAAGAACAUUAAGCAUAUGAUGGAGCUUCUGAAGGGUGAAGUGCACCCGGCAUGCGGCUUUCCUGGAUUCAUAAUUCCAUUAGAGAAAAAAAGAUUUAGACUCUCUGCAGACAGCCCCUGUGAAGAUUGUCCUAGGAUGUGCAAGAGCCGGUUUACCAAGAGUAGCAGGAAGGGUUAUCCUUUAGAAGAUAUAUAUGCUGCUCUUGGAAAAACAAAGGUUAUUAACAGUGUGUUGGUUCCAACUCUGGGUGAGGAAACUCUGUUGGCUCGCAUCAUUGAUGAGGAGCCAGAGUGUAAUCCUGAGGGUAGCGCAAGUGAUACAUAG